AUGGCCGGGGGCUCAAUAUCGGACUGUAAAGAGUACUUAUUCAAAGUUUGGUGAUUGAGAAUUAGUGUGGGGAAAACUAGCAUUAUUAAGCGGUAUGUUCACCAGUUAUUUUCCCAGCACUAUCGAGCAACGAUUGGGGUUGAUUUCGCGUUAAAAGUGAUCAAUUGGGACAGCAAGACCUUGGUGCGAUUACAACUGUGGGAUAUAGCAGGUCAGGAGCGGUUCGGCAACAUGACGCGGGUGUACUACAAGGAGGCUGUGGGGGCGUUCGUGGUCUUCGACGUGACGCGGGGCUCCACCUUCGAGGCGGUGUCCAAGUGGAAGCACGACCUGGACAGCAAGGUGAAGCUGGCCAACGGGAGCCCCAUCCCCUCCAUCCUGCUGGCCAACAAGUGCGACCAGAAGAAGGAGACCCCCAGCAGCAACACGCUCAUGGACAACUUCUGCAAGGAGGCCGGCUUCCUGGGCUGGUUCGAGACCUCUGCCAAGGAGAACAUCAACGUGGACGAGGCGGCCAAGUUCCUGGUGGAGAACAUCCUGCUGAACGACAAGGGCCUGCCAUACGAGGAGAGCAACGGCGACAAGAUCAAGCUGGACCGGGACACCGUGGCGGCCGAAACCAAGUCGGGGUGCUGCUAGCCCCGGGGAGCGGGGGGGGGGGGGUCAGCCGCCCCCCUGGAAGCUCGCACCUUCCCUGGACUGGGCUCCGAGACCAGUGCCCGGCCCGCCAGCCUUGUUCCGGAAAGUUCUCUGAAGGAGAAGUUGCUAAUAGCCUGCCCUGCUAUUAGUCUCUUUCCAUAACUCAUUCUGGGGCACUGUGGUUGACCUUUUCACCAUGUCUACAAUGUAUGAAGUGUUUGGGGGUUUUUUUGGGGGGGAGGGGGAUUCAAUUUUUCGGUUUGAAGGGCAUCAAAGAACAUCCCAGAGCACUUUUUUUUUCGGCCAGAGCAGAAGUACCACAAAACCCCCAAAAAAACAAAUUCUCUUUUCUUUUUUUUCUUUUUUUAAUGGAAGGGUUUUCACUUUUUACUGCAGUGCUGGAGGGGUCUGAAUCGUCCCUCUAACUGUGUUUAUGAAACUCAGAUAUAGGGUGUCCCAAGCUGCUCUUUUUAACCAAGAUAAUCCACUAAAUGCAUGCCUGUGUCACAUGGUCAUACUAACCUCAGUGACCCUAAAGGAAUGAUAAGAAAAAAAGGUUUCCUAUGUUGUUCACAGUUUGAGAGUACCACUUAGCGUUAAUUUUGAGAUAUUAUUCAUGUAUGUUCCAUAAGAGCAUACAUCCCAUGACAUCCAGACAACACUAAUAUACUCUCAGUGAGCACUUUAUUAGGUAUUUCAGUGAGACUUAUUGGUCUUCUGCUGCUGUAGCCUAUCAGCAAACGUUUUUACACAUUUUGUGUUCAGAGAUGCUCUUCUGCAUACCACUGUUGUAAUGCCUGGUUAUUUGCAUUACUGUCACCUUCCUGUCAGCUUCGACCAGUCUGGCCCUUCUCCUCUGACCUCUCAUUAACAACUAUUUCUCGCCUGCAAAAUUGCUGCUCACUGGAUGUUUUUUGUUUUUCACACCAUUCUCUGCGACUCUAGAGACUGUUGUGCAUGAAAAUCCCAGGCAGUUUCUGAGAUACUGAAACAACCCUGUCUGGCACCAACAAUCAUUCCAUGGUCAAAGUCACUUAGAUCACAUUUCUUCCCAAUUCUGACAUUUGGUCUGAACAACAGCUGAACCUCUGGACCACAUCUGCAUGCUUUUAUUUAUUUAGUUGCUGCCACACAAUUGGCUGAUUAAAUAUUUCCAUUAACAAGCUGGUGUACAGGUCUACCUAAUAAAGUGCUCACUGAGUGGACAUCUAAUAAAGAAUUUGGUGGGAUAGUUCCAUCUCACAGUUUUAUUUCCUGUUUGAGGUCUGAAGGUGUUUAACUGAUUUUUAAUCCAUUGGCCAGAGCCUUCAAAGUUUACAAGUGAAAACCUUCUUUUGGAGGGAAAAACCUAAAGAUUUUUAAUUGAGGCUCUUGUAUUUCAGGGGUAGUCUCUGUAUUUUCUAAUUUAGUUUUGUCUGGUAACAGUAAAUAUUUUUAUAUGGUAUUGGCUUUCGCCAUUUCAUAUUUCUACUGUUAUUUUGUUUGAUACCACUGGGAAAAAUAGUACCCUGCUGUUUUUAUGAGAUACCCUAUGUAAAUCUUUCUAUUACUCUGUUGAGACAAAUCUAACAUUAAGUGGUAUUAGAACUGGAUGUAUUGUGUUGCUAUUAGUCAGAAUAAUUAUUCCAAAAAUGUGA